AUUUCCAGCUCCCAAAUUCCCAUUUCUGUUCAUUUCGAACUCGAGAUUUUGCCAAUGGAAGAAGAUCACGCAUCGAGGAUCAAUCGGUUAUUCGGUGGCUCAUUUGCCAUGGAGCUAACAGGGAAGAUCAUGGUUGCGACCAUUUUAAUACUCUUCUUGGUCAUUGUCUUCGUUCUGAUUCUCCACCUUUACUCUCGAUGGCUCCUGUCCAGCAUUGACGAGUUGACACCGUAUUCCUCUGCUAGUCAGCAGUCUGAUCAGGAAUCUGCCGUCGUGCCAUUGUGGAACGGGCUUGACGCUGCUGUGCUCCGGUCGCUUCCGGUGGUGGUGGUGUUCUCGCCGGGGGAUUUCAAAGAGGGGAUGGAAUGUGCUGUGUGUUUGAUGGAGUUGGGUGAGGGUGAAAAGGCUCGGUUGCUUCCGAGGUGCAACCAUGGCUUCCAUGUGGAUUGUAUUGACAUGUGGUUCAAAUCCAAUUCUACUUGCCCUCUCUGCAGAAACCCAGUGGCACCCAAAUGCUCAUAUCCCACAGAAGUGAACUCUGCAGAGGAUUUGGCAUCUGGGUGUUCAAUGGAGGUCAGCUCAAGAGGGGUUUGUUUGGAAGAAGCUCAAACUUCAUCUUCUUCAUCGGCAAACACAAGGGCAGAGGGAAUGGUGGUAAUUGACAUUCCCAACAUGCCCUCUACAUCUACAUCCGGUGCCGGUGCCGGUGCCGGAGCUGGUGCCGGUGCUGGUACCGGUACCUGUUUGGCCGAUGAAGAGAUGAAAUCAGUUGUUACAAACAAAUUGAGAACAUUGAAAAGGCUUUUGAGCAGAGAGAGAAGAAUUGGAAACAAUCCCACUUCCUCAGAUCUUGAACAAGAAGGGAUGGGGCAGAGUUAAGAAACAGAACAAAAAAUCAAAGCCUACUAAUAAAAAACAGAGUUGACGAAUCAAAUCCAAGCCACUAACCAGAGCCUGUGACCUCCACAUGGUCUGGCUGAUGCCAUUGAAAAACCUGUGCAGCUAUUAUAUGGAUGAAAAUCAAAUGGCUUGUAAUCGGG